CGCUGAUAGUCAGUCCGGUUUUUGAAGAAAUAUGGCGGAUGUCGAGCUGACUAAAGCCUUAAAAGAUUUACCUAAUCGAAUUCAAACCGCCAGCAAAAAGGAGCGGCGUGAGAUUUUACAAAAUGUCGUCGAUGUGUUGUCAAAUCCUGGUAUUAAUGACAAAAUCGUCUGUGGUAUUUGCAAAGUUCUAUCUCUUACUUUGCAUCGAUAUAAAGAUACAGCUUCCCAAUCUUACGUGAAAAAUGUCAUUAAAAAGUUAUUGGCAAAGCAACCAGAAGCCACCGUGAAACAUAUGACAAGUGUUAUUGCAGAACAAGCUACUUGGCAUAAAAAUGUUGUUCCUACUCUGAAUACCGCUUUAACUGCAUAUCUGACAUUAAAAUGGUCAACACUUGUGAUAUUACAUGGAAUCAAUAAGAAUUUUGAGAAUUGCACAGAACUGGGAAAACUGAUUGAAGCCCAAGCCAACUUAAGCGCAGCAUCAUUGGCAUCUACGGAUAAAAAAUUAUCUGAUAAAACGUAUACGUUGCUCGCGCAUGAGUGGUCAUCCGUUAAAGAUAUUGAAAUUAAAUAUGUGGAGACAUUAGUAAAACUUGAGAUUGGAAAUGGAGUUAUUGUACUUGCAAGCUUGCUCACAAAAUAUUUAGUGAAUACAAAGAAAAGUGAACUUAUAGAACAACUGAAGAAAAAUGUCAUAGAUACAUUCAUAAAAGUGACCAUCAGUUCAAAGAAAAAGCCAGAUUUAUAUGUGGUUGAUACUGCGAUACCUCUUCUACGUAGAAUAUCUCAUGAGGAAUUUAAGAUACAAUUGUUGCCAGCUUUGCAAAAGGCUAUGUUAAGAAAUCCCGAAAUAAUAAUUGAAUCUGUUGGACAUAUAUUAAGUGGAUUGAGUCUUGAUUUAAGUCAAUAUAGUCAAGACAUUUGCAAAGGACUAUUUGCAAAUUUACACUCUAAGGAAGAUCUUGUUAGGGAAGAGGCUGUAGGCGCAUGCCGUAGGCUUGCACGACAAUGUUCAGACACAACUGCCUUGGAGAGUUUACUUGCAUCUGUAUUCGCAGUAUUUCAUGGAUCCGAAGGGAAAUUAACGGUGGCAACUCAUAAAAUAUCUGUAUUGCAAGGAGCAGGUAAUUUGAGUUACAAUGCAGCUUCAGGAAGUAGCGUUCAACGAUUGGCCGAAACUGCAUGUGAACAUUUCAUAAAGGUUCUUGAAACAGAGGUACAUGAAAAAACAUUGAUUCAUGCUUUAGAAAUGAUGGCACUUUGGUCAAACAAAUUUGCAAACAAUGUACCCCAAAAUGUAAUAGAUGCAUUUAAAAAAGGUAUGGCAGCAAAAACUUCUACUGCAUCAGUACGUACUGCUUACAUCAAACUUUUCUUCUCUACACCAGUAGACUCUUAUUCGGGCACGAUAGCGCCUAUAUUAAUUCAAGCGAUAACAAGAGCUAUGCAACAAAGUGCACAGCCUAUGGCUGUAACGGAAGGAUUAGUAGCGUCAUAUUUAUUACUUAAAUUUGUAUUGGCAGAUCAAGUGGAAAAUGAUAAACAAAUAAUAUUAUGGAAUGUUAUAGACGAACAAAUAUUCUUUUCUGAAAAAUUUUUAACAACAUGCGGUGACGAUACGUUAUAUCAUCUUAUGUUAUUAUGCGAGCGUCUUAUUACAGAAUUUGUUGAUAGGCUAAAUGAAAAGGCUUUGAAUGGAAUUCAUAGAGCGAUCGUGGCAUGUUCAACAGCACCAAAAUCUGCCAUCAGAAAGCGUUGCUUUCCAUUGAUAAAAAAAGUUUUAACUAGUUUAAGUACUUACGCACCGGUCGAAGCACUUUUAAUAGAAUUUAAUAAGUUCCUUGAAAAUGUUAAAAUCAAAUCGGAAAAUGAUAAAGAUAAUAAAGAUGAUACGUCUACUAGCGAGAUAACUGGUAGAUGUUUAGCAGAUGGAUUACUUGCUAUAUGUUCUGGAUCAUUUCUAUUUGAAUUACCUGCCAUGCAAUUGACACGAGACUCAUUGAUUCCGGCUCAUCAUCCAGCGAUAUUAAAAGCGGUUCCAAACUUAUGGUUGAAAAUAGCUAAGAACUUUAAUCUUGUACCAAAAGACUUUCUUAGAACUUAUAGCAACGAAAUAAAAAAGUUGCUCAUACAAAAUUAUAAUCCUGUACCAAGUUACGAGAAUGCGCUUGCUAAAGUACUUCAACUUGCUCCGGAUACUAUUUUGCCAAGUUUAAUAUUAAACGUAACGAAUAAACUAAACGAUUCGGAAAUUUUAAAGGUCACUAAGGACGAAUAUUUUACUUAUCUUACACCCGAAGGCGAACUAUAUGAUAAGAGCGUACUGCCAACCAAUGAUGAAAAUGACAUAUUAAACGCAAUGAAUAUGAAACGAGAAAGUAAGGUAUAUUCUUUUAAGGAACAACAAGAGGAAUUACAAUUGAGACGUGAAUUGUAUGAAAAACGUAAAAGAGAGGGAAAGAUAAAGGAACCGAAGUUGACCCCGAAACAGGAAGAAAUUUUAAAAGGACAAAUAGCAAAGGAAAAUGGUAUUAGAAAGAGAUUGACCGAAUUGAAAUCAAAGAUAGAUCAUGCAGUAUCGCUUAUACGUUGUGCGAUACGUGGUAACGGUCAAGAACUUUCUUUAUAUCUGAAGGAUAUAUUGUCGCCUAUUUUAAAAAAUUUAGGAUCUCCAUUGGCCGCACCAGCUAUAUCCGAACUUUAUGUCGAGUUGCGAGAAAUCGUACAGAUCGGUACAAGUACGACAUUAGGAAAUUUAAUAGCACACGUUACAUUGAGACAAUUGCAACCGCAAUGUGAUUUAGAUCCAGCCUGGGAAGAUGAGAAUUUAGACAUAGUUGUUAAAAGAACUUUAAAUCUUAUUCAUACGAUUACGAUUAAACAUAAACGUUUGUUUACCGCACCUGCUUUCUGUUAUAUCUUUCCAUUUCUUAAGAAGACCCUAUUAACGUACAAAGAUGACGCGAUGAUAGUCCAAGGAUUGCAAAUAAUUCAGGAUCAUGCUAAACAAAGGGGAAAUAGUGCAGAUUUGAAAGAUACGAGACAUCCUAGGCUAUUACCCAGAAAACAAAUAUUUGAUUUACUUAUAGAACUUAUGAGUAAUACAACUGGAAGAGUACAAUCGCAUGCGGUAGCAACGUUAUUAGACGUUGCUCAAUCUGGUAGUGGUCAACCAGGUACAGCUUUGGCAACGAGCGAUGAUAUUGAUUCGUUAAUCGGUGCUCUACAAAAUGCAUUGUCAGCGGUAAGGGAUGCGGCUUUAAGAGGUCUCACUGUUAUAAGACAAGCAUUCCCAUCGCAAAAAGAGGAUCCCAUACAAUUGCUUCGUCUAACAAGAAGAAUAUGGAUCGCAAGAUUUGAUGUUUGCAAUGAGAAUAUAAUACUUGCCAAUGAGCUCUGGACUGCUGCUAAUUUAAUAGCUCAUCCUGAUAUCCUUUGCGACGAAUUGAUUCAAGAUAUUGCACAUCCGGUUGAACCUGUACAGCAAGCUGCCGCAUGCGCUUUGGCACAAUGUUUGACCAACGUAUCGCAUUUAACUCCAUCGAUAUUAGACAGACUUUUAGAAUUGUAUCAAGAAAAAUUAGCAAUGAUACCGCCAAAACUUAAUGAUUUUGGUCGUGUGGUAGAACAACCGAUCGAUACUUGGGGUCCACGUCGUGGUGUGGCACUUGCCCUGACUCAAAUAGCAUCGCUAUUAACAUCAGAAACUAUUCAACGUCUUGUACAAUUCUUCGUUUCAACGGGCUUAGGAGAUAGGAACCAAUCGGUUCGUACGGAAAUGUUGAAUGCCGCUGUAGCUGCGGUUGAUCUUCAUGGAAAAAAAAAUAUAACUUCCCUUUUACCUGUAUUCGAAGAUUUCAUGGACAAAGCACCUAAAAUUGGUAGCUUCGAUUCCAUAAAACAAUCUGUUGUUAUUCUAAUGGGUUCGUUAGCGAGACAUUUGGACAAAGACGAUCCACGUAUCAAGCCAAUCGUGAUGCGUUUAAUCGCAGCUCUUUCAACGCCAUCCCAACAAGUACAGGAAGCAGUGGCCAAUUGUUUACCACAUCUUGUACCUUCCAUCAAAGAGGAUGCACCAAAAAUCGUUGAUAAUCUUAUGGAUCAAUUAUUGAAAUCGGACAAGUAUGGAGAACGUAAAGGUGCUGCUUAUGGAUUAGCAGGUAUCAUCAAGGGUAUGGGUAUUUUAGCAUUGAAACAAUUAGACAUUAUGACUACACUUACCAAUGCUAUUCAAGACAAGAAGAACUAUAGGCACAGAGAAGGUGCAUUGUUUGCUUUUGAAAUGUUAUGUACGAUGUUGGGUAGAUUAUUCGAACCAUACAUCGUUCACGUAUUACCACAUUUAUUACUAUGCUUUGGAGACUCCAGUCAAUAUGUAAGAGCAGCCACAGAUGAUACAGCUAGAGUAGUUAUGAGUAAACUCUCGGCUCAUGGCGUAAAAUUGGUAUUGCCAAGUUUAUUAGCGGCACUGGAGGAAGAUUCUUGGAGGACCAAAACUGGAUCGGUCGAAUUAUUGGGCGCAAUGGCGUACUGCGCACCGAAACAAUUAAGUAGCUGUUUGCCAAGUAUCGUACCUAAACUAAUAGAAGUACUCAGCGAUUCUCAUACAAAAGUUCAAGAAGCUGGUGCCGAGGCAUUGAAAGUCAUCGGCAGCGUUAUUCGUAAUCCAGAAAUUCAAGCUAUCGUGCCAGUUUUAUUGAAGGCUUUGCAAGAUCCCUCUCACAAGACAGCAACUUGUUUGCAAACACUUUUGGACACACAAUUCGUUCAUUUCAUCGAUGCACCGUCUUUAGCUUUGAUCAUGCCAGUCGUGCAGCGAGCCUUUUUGGAUCGUUCGACUGAGACAAGAAAAAUGGCCGCACAGAUAAUCGGUAAUAUGUAUUCUCUAACCGAUCAAAAAGAUUUGACUCCUUAUUUGCCAACCAUCAUUCCUGGCCUGAAGACGAGCUUGUUGGAUCCCGUACCCGAGGUACGUAGUGUAUCAGCUAGAGCAUUAGGUGCGAUGGUUCGCGGAAUGGGAGAGUCCAGCUUCGAAGAUUUAUUACCAUGGUUGAUGCAAACAUUAACUUCAGAAACAAGUAGCGUAGAUAGAUCUGGAGCAGCUCAAGGACUUUCCGAAGUAGUCCGCGGUUUGGGCGUAGAAAAAUUACACAAACUGAUGCCCGAAAUUAUCUCAACUGCCGAAAGAACUGACAUAGCUCCACACGUUAAGGAUGGUUACAUAAUGAUGUUCAUUUACAUGCCAAGUGCAUUUACUACCGAAUUCACACCUUACAUAGGACAAAUUAUAAAUCCAAUAUUGAAAGCUCUUGCCGAUGAGAACGAGUACGUACGUGAGACCGCAUUAAGGGCUGGCCAAAGAAUCGUUACCUUGUAUGCGGAUUCAGCUAUUAUGUUACUUUUACCGGAAUUGGAAAAAGGUCUAUUUGAUGACAAUUGGCGUAUAAGAUAUUCAUCCGUUCAAUUGCUCGGUGAUCUUUUGUAUAGAAUAUCUGGUGUAUCUGGAAAGAUGUCAACUGAGACAGCAAGCGAAGACGAUAACUUUGGAACAGAACAAUCACACUUAGCCAUCAUCAAUGCUUUAGGCGCUGAAAGACGUAAUCGAGUCUUAGCUGGCCUUUACAUGGGUAGAUCCGACGUAGCUCUGAUGGUACGUCAAGCUGCUCUUCACGUUUGGAAGGUAGUUGUCACGAAUACACCGAGGACAUUAAGAGAAAUAUUACCAACUCUAUUUACCCUUUUACUUGGAUGUUUGGCAAGCACGAGUUACGAUAAGAGACAAGUGGCUGCACGAACGUUGGGUGAUCUUGUAAGAAAAUUAGGAGAAAGAGUACUUCCAGAAAUUAUACCGAUUUUGGAGAAGGGUCUUCAGAGUGAACAGGCUGAUCAAAGGCAAGGUGUUUGUAUUGGUCUUUCUGAGAUCAUGGCAAGUACAAACAAAGAUAUGGUCUUGACGUUUGUCAUCAGUUUGGUACCAACUGUUAGAAAAGCUUUGUGCGAUCCAUUGCCCGAAGUUCGUCAAGCAGCAGCAAAAACUUUCGAUGGAUUACAUUCAACAGUUGGCGUUCGGGCCUUAGACGAUAUACUUCCAGCUAUGUUAACGCAAUUAAAUUCACCUGAUCAAGCCGAAGCUGAAAAUACGUUAGAUGGUUUACGCCAAGUAAUGGCAAUUAAAUCACGCGUCGUAUUACCUUAUUUAGUACCUCAGUUAACAACUCCGCCAGUUAAUACGAAAGCUCUAUCGAUCUUAGCCAGUGUCGCUGGAGAAGCAUUAACGAGAUUUCUACAUAAGAUCUUACCAGCCCUAUUGACCGCCCUUUCUAGCGCUCAAGGAACUCCAAAUGAGGUACAGGAAUUAGAGUACUGUCAAGCCGUUAUUCUUUCGGUUACCGACGAAGUUGGUGUUAGAACGGUCAUGGAUCAAUUAAUGGAAGCUACCAGAUCGGAGGAUGCAUCGAGACGACGAAGCGCGGCAACGUUACUCUGUGCCUUUUGUCGUGACACUAGAGCCGAUUAUAGUCAAUAUGUACCACAACUUUUGCGCGGACUUAUUCAUCUCUUUACCGACGAAGAUAAAGACGUAUUGCAAAUGAGUUGGGAAGCUCUUACUGCGGUCACCAAGACAUUGGCAUCCGAUCAACAAAUCACUCACGUACAGGAUAUCAGACAAGCUGUUCGUUUUGCAGUAUCCGACUUAAAAGGACAAGAACUAUUACCUGGAUUUUGUUUACCGAAAGGUAUAACACCGAUACUUCCUAUAUUUAGAGAAGCAAUAUUAAAUGGUUUACCUGAGGCAAAGGAACAGGCUGCUCAAGGAUUAGGAGAAGUCAUUAAAUUGACCAGCGCUUCCGCGCUUCAACCAAGUGUUGUACAUAUCACUGGUCCAUUGAUUAGAAUACUUGGUGAUCGUUUCAAUUGGAGCGUUAAAGCUGCUGUACUUGAGACGCUUGCUAUUUUACUUGGCAAGGUUGGUGUUAUGCUUAAACAAUUUUUACCUCAAUUGCAAACAACAUUCUUAAGAGCAUUGAACGAUAGCAAUCGUCAAGUCAGGUUAAAGGCAGCAUAUGCUUUGAGCAAUCUGAUCGUUAUACAUACUCGAGUCGAUCCAUUGUUCACUGAACUUCAUACUGGCAUUAAAACUGGUGAUGAUCCGGCCAUAAGAGAAACAAUGUUGCAAGCUUUACGUGGUGUUCUUACACCUGCCGGUGAUAAAAUGACAGAACCGAUGAAGAAACAAGUAUUCGUUACGUUAAACAGCAUGCUUGGCCAUCCGGAGGAUGUUACAAGAAAUGCCGUAGCCGGUUGUUAUGGUGCUUUAUUAAGAUGGUUAAGUCCGGAACAGCUUGCUGUCGCAUUUAAUGAUAAUCUUUUGUGUAACGACGUCAAUGCUGAUUGGAUGUUGAGACAUGGACGUUCAGCCGCACUUUUUGUCGCACUAAAAGAAUCACCUGGCACGGUAUAUAAUCCUAAAGAGAAGGAUCGCGUUUGUACAGUAAUUUUAUCUUAUUUAGCAGCGGACCGAGUGCAAAUAGUUAUGAACGGUGUUAGAGCUUGCGGUUAUUUAUUCCAAUAUCUAAUGAACGAAAGUCAAUCUGUACCACAACAAAUUCUUUCCCCGUUCGUAAGGUCAAUGAAUAACAACAGUAACGACGUGAAACAAUUACUCGCCAAAGUUUGCAUUCACUUGGCACGAAAUAUAUCACCUGAGAAAAUGUCGUCGGAAUUGUUAAAAGCUUUGUUACCUAUGUUGGUUAACGGGACGAAAGAAAAGAAUGGUUAUGUAAAAGCUAAUAGCGAACUUGCUCUGAUCGCGGUAUUACGAUUGAGACAAGGAGAAGAAGAACAUCAGAGAUGCAUGGCCUUCUUAGAUGCUGGUGCAAGAGAAUCAUUGUCGGAUGUUGUUAGCAAAGUACUACGUAAGGUUUUAUCUCAGCCAGAGGGCAAAAUAGAAGAAUUAGAUGAUACGUUACUCACGUGAGAGACAUUUUACUACCCGGGGCUUAAUACUUGUUACGUCCGUUCCAAUAAUUAUAUUAUCAAUCAAUAUUCACCCAAAUCCUACGAGCAUUGCCGGCAACAGCAACAACAAAAACAACAACAACAACAACAACGACGACGACGACGACGACGACGACGACGAUGGUGGCAGCAACAACAGCUGCAACACGAUUAUCGUCGCUCGUACGUUAAUCACAUUAUAAAAAUUGUAGUUCGUGUAAUAUCAUAUAUCGAUAAACGAUCUAACGGUAUUCAGUAUGCCGAUCGUUUGAUGGUAAUAAUAAUAAUAAUGAUGAUGAUGAUGAUGAUGAUGAUGAUGAUGAUGAUGAUGAUGAUGAUGAUGACGAUGAUGGCAUUAAAGUUACUUAAGUUGAAAUCUAUCGAGUAUCAUGAAAUCUUGAAAGGUCAAUCUAUUAGGAAAAAUUCGAAGUUUAACGAAGAUAAUAAAAUUUCAAUCGUACGAGAAGUAAUUUUAUCGAGGAAGCAACAGCUCGAUCGUAUUAUUAUUAUUCUCUUGGAUUGUAGUGAAACGAUGGAAUUCAGAAUUUGGUUGAGUUGUAAAGAUUUAUCUGAACACAAUAAUAUUAAUAAUAAUAAUAAUAAUAAUAAUAAUAAUAAUAAUAAUAAUAAUAAUAAUAAUAAUAAUAACAAUAAUAAUAAUAAAAAAGAAAAAAAUAUGUACGCGACAUGGUGAUUCUUAAAGGCUUCUUUCCUUCUGGUAUACGUACGAUAAAUGAAAAGGCCGUCGUGUUUGAGAAAUUAUAUCAACAACUAUAAAUAAUUAUACGGCGUGUCUCAUAUAAUUAAUGUGAGACAAUGAAAUAGCGAGAAUGAUAUAAGAGUGUAAUAAUAAACGAAGUACAAGUGUUGUGUCACUCUGUCUCUGCCUUCCAAAGAGAAGAGAAGAGUAAAGAAGAGAUAAAGAGAGAGAAGGAGCGAGGGAGAGGGAGAGAGAGAGAGAGAGAGAGAGAGAGAGAAAUGAACGUAAGAAAAAGUGUGUUCUAUCGUUUUUUCGAUGAUCGACAAAAGAAAAUGAAAACGAAAAAAGAAAAAAAAAAGAGAAAGAAUAAUCAAUGUAUAGUUUCCAUUUCCAUAUAAUAAUAAUAAUAAUAAUAAUAAUAAUAAUAAUAAUAAUAA